CGGCAGUCACAAGGUCGGGCCUUCCCUACUGCGCAUGCAAGCCGUUCCUCACGCGCCCACGAGCGCAAAUUGUUAUGCAGUGGUAAUAGAGCUUUUCAAGGGCUGAAACAAGCGGUCCAGCUUUAUAGAGCGGAGAAAGCUGUCGCGGCGCACAAUCCCUUUCCUUACAGCAGACGCCCGAUCACACCAAACGACAACGCCAUAUUGCAUUUAUUAGAGUACUUGCUAAAUUCCCCUCUCCUGAUUUAUCCUUACUAUGAGCGGUUAUACUAUUCCACAUUACAAUGGUUGAUUAGGUGAAACAGCUCUGGCAUAUGGAUUGAUUGGCGGAACGAAGCAUGUCAGCAGCAAGGGAAGCUGCAAAUGCCAGCAGCAGGCGGCAACCGGUGGACUGGGAUGCCGUUGAUGAGGAGUUAGCAUCUGUCCCGGCUGAGUACCGCGAGUAUAUCUUUCACCCGCUCAGGCAUGUCGUCGAGGUCUUCAGCUCUCAGGACCCCCAGGGCCUUACGCAAGAGCUGCGCGACGCCUCCGAGCGGCUGGGCUGCCAGCUGGAUGCGGUGGUGGAGGGCUACCACGCGGGCUUCGCGCGCUCCAUCCACAACUACUCGCACAUCCUGCAGCUGUUCGGGGAGUCCAAGGAGCAGGUUGAGUCCCUGAAGCGGUCGCUGGCGGAUGCGGCCCGGCAGCUGGGGGCGCACUCCCGGGGCAUGGGGCCGCAGUGGCGCAAGACGGUGUCCCUGGAGUCCUCCCUGCGCCUGCUGGCGGACAUCCGCACCGUGGUGGAGGUGCCGGGCAGGGUGGAUGCGGCAGUGGGGGAGCGGG